AUGUGCAAUAAAUAUGUCAUUGAUUUGGAGUCAAGUCUAACAGAUUGGGGAAAAGGAGAGGUGAAGAAGUGUCGCAUAUCUCCGGACGCUUUCCUUCAAAUGGCGCUACAAAUGGCUUACUUUAGAGACAGCGGAGGAAAGUUUGUGCAGACAUAUGAGGCGUCGAUGACUCGACUCUAUUUGAACGGCAGGACAGAGACCGUGCGCUCCUGUAGUCAGGAAUCGGCAGCUUUUGUCCGCUCUAUGUUUGACUCGACGGCCACCAAAGAGACACGCAUUCAUCUGUUGAAUAUUGCGGCCGAAAAACACACUCAACUCUAUAAGGAUGCCAUGAAUGGGAUGGGAAUGGAUAGACAUCUGUUCGCACUGUAUGUCGCCUGUAAAGGAUUGGGUUAUGAAAGUGAGUUUUUGCAUAACGUACUGACCCGCCAGUGGACGCUCAGCACUAGUCAAACGCCGCACAAUCAACAAACCCAAGUCCCGGAUCCUAAUUAUCCCGGUUUUAAUGAUAAACUGUGUCCGGGAGGAGGUUUUGGCCCAGUAUCUGACACGGGAUAUGGCAUCUCAUAUAUGUUUCCAAAUAAUAAUCGUAUGUUUUUUCACAUCUCAUCCAAGAAGUCGUGUCCGACAACCGAUUCUUCGCGUUUCGCAAAUUACUUGAAUGACUGCACGCAUCAAAUCAGGGCUUUAUUUGAUGACUAAAUUUUGUGA